AUGGGAAGAGCUGGCUAUGGACCGGGCGAGCAAGACUGGGGCUAUGUAGAUGUGCGCACGGGAGCCCACAUGUUCUAUUGGCUCUACUAUACCACAGCGAAUGUUUCUACCUAUACGACCCGCCCCUUGGCGAUUUGGUUACAAGGAGGCCCGGGCGCCUCGUCCACUGGUUAUGGCAAUUUCGAAGAGUUGGGCCCAUUGGACUUGUACGGUGACUAUAGGAAUUGGACGUGGGUAAAGGACAUGAACGUGCUCUUUAUCGAUAAUCCAGUGGGCAGCGGCUUUAGCUAUGUGGAUAACACAGCUUUCUAUACGGCCACGAAUAGGGAAAUCGCAUUGGACUUAGUCGAGUUCAUGAAGGGUUUCUAUGCAUUGCAUCCAGAAUUUGAAACGGUGCCUCUCCACAUAUUCUGCGAAAGCUAUGGUGGAAAAAUGGCACCGGAAUUUGCUUUAGAGCUCUACUACGCUAAACAGCGAGGUGAGCUUAACAGCAAUUUGGUUUCGGUAGCUCUCGGUGAUCCGUGGACAUCGCCCAUCGACUCUGUGCUGGCUUGGGGGCCAUUGUUGCUUCAAUUCGGGCUUGUCGACCAUGACGGUUAUGAGUCCAUUAUGGUGGCCGCCAACCUUACAGCUGAAUUGGUCGAACAGGAACGUUGGAUUCAAGCUACGGCACAGUGGGGUAACACUCAGCAGGAGGUGAUGAAAGCGUCCAAGGGAGUGGAUUUUUAUAAUGUUCUCAAAAAGACGCGUGGCGAUCGCUACUUAAGCGAUGAAAGCCCUUCUCCGGAGGAAGAUCUUUACCGCCUCAUGGUGAAUUACGAUAUUGAUGAAGAUCGCGAUCAGCUGCUCCAAGAUCUCAUGCGUGGUCCGGUAGCUCAGGCUUUGGGUAUUCCAAGCAAUGUUCGUUGGGGCUCACAGAGUAGUGAGGUGUUCAAUAUACAUCGAACUGAUUUUAUGAAGCCAGUUAUACAUAUUGUCAAUGAACUGCUGGACAAUACACCGUUGAAGGUGGGUGUAUUUUCGGGCGGCUUGGACUUGAUUUGUGCUACACCUGGCACUGUGAAGUGGAUCGAGAAGCUGGACUGGAGCAAGAAGGCGGUGUAUGAGGAGGCACUGCGAACAGUCAUUAACGUGGAUCGUGUGCUGGAGGGCUAUCAGAAGACGGGCGGCAACUUCAGCAUGUUUUGGAUAAAUCGUUCAGGCCAUAUGGCACCCGCCGACAAUCCCGCCGGUAUGGGUCAUGUGCUACGAGAGUUUACGGGCUUCGGAUAA